AUGGCUUAUCGCUUGGCACUUCCUCCUGAGUUGUCUUUUAUUCAUCCAGUAUUUCGCGUCUUAAUGCUAAGAAAAUGUAUAUCAGACUCAUCUCAGGUGCUUGAAGUACCUACUAUACCGAUUGAUGAGAAGUUGUCUUACGAGGAGGAGCCGAUGGCUAUUGUUGAUAGUCAAGUAAGGAAGCUACGGUCAAAAGAAAUUGUGUUCGUCAAAGUGUUAUGGAGAAAUCAUACAGUUGAAGAAUCUGCGUAUAAAGUAGAAAAAGAUAUACAAGCGAAGUAUCCCCAUUUAUUUCAGUCUACAGAAACAGAAAUAGCAGUUGCAGCUUCUGUUCCAGACAUGAUUCAAUCCACAGGUAGAAGUAGAACUAAAAUGAAAAUGAUAGAGACCUGA